GCAAACGCACGUCCGCUACGCGCUCUCCUUGCUACGUGUUACGUAGCAAAGUAAAAUGUUUCAACAAAAUUAGUUGACGUAUUGUUUUUCAUAUCGCUAAAAUUUUUUUUCGUGAAAAUAUAUGUGAGCGUUAUCAAUAAGUGUGAUUAAGUAAAUAUUUAAAGAUUGUAAAAUAUAAAUAAGUUAUAAUGAUUAAAAAUUUUAGUGUCGUGGUGAAAAUAGCUAUUUUCCUUUUAACACUGCAAGGGAUGGUGUGCUUAAGGAACGUCCACUUAGUGGUGCCGGAGUCUGUGGAGCGCGGCUCGAGGGUGGAGAUGAGAUGCCUGUACGAUUUAGAGCAAGAAGUUUUGUACACAGUUAAGUGGUACAGAGGAGAUCGGGAGUUCUGCCGAUACUCGCCGCGGGAUGUUCCCCCGCUUAAGAUAUUCAGAAUUCCCGGCAUAGAUGUUGACAGUUUAACAGCCCAUAGACCUGCUAAAGGUCCAAAACUUCCUGCACAGCAUCGCAGAGAUCGCCUAGAGUUUGCUCGCAAUCAUUGCGAGUGGACUCUAGAACAGUGGCGGACCGUACUCUUCUCUGAUGAGACGAGGGUCUGUCUCUUCUGCAAUGACAGACGUAGAAGGGUCUACAGAAGACAGGGGGAGCGGUUCACACAACCCUGCUUCGAAGAAUCCGUCGAAUACGGGGGUGGCUCUUGUAUGUUUUGGGGCGGCAUUUCCGUCGACGGGAAAACGGAACUUGUGUGCGUUUCCCGGACUCGGGGUGGCCGUGGGCAAGGGUCAUUAAAUGCUGGUCGGUACAUUACUGAAAUCCUGGAGGAACAUGUGGUUCCGUAUGCUGGUUAUGAGGUCGAUAUCCCUGUUAUGCAUUGGCCAGCACGAAGUCCAGACCUUAACCCAAUAGAACAUCUCUGGGAUGACCUAAAACGGCGUGUGCGAGCUCGAGAUCCAGCUCCAACCACUCUUCAAGAGCUCCAAGAUGCGGUACUUGAAGAGUGGGAACAAAUACCCCAAGAGGCUGUUGCGACCCUUCGGGAGGCGACCGACGCACAACGGUUGUCGAUACAAGCGGCGACGCGCACGGCUAACGGUCGGUACACGUGCGAGGUGUCCGCGGAUGCGCCCUCCUUCCAAACCGCGCAGGUACACGCGCACAUGUAUGUUGUCGAUUUACCUAAAUCCGGUCCAGAGAUGCAAGGCUUGAAUCAAUAUUAUCGAGCGGGGAUGAAACUCAAAGUGGAGUGCUCGAGUCAUAACUCUCUGCCCGCUGCUAAUCUCUCCUUUUUUAUUAACAGUGAACCGGCUCACAAACAGCACGUGUGGCAUCGAGUGAGCCCGGCAAACGGUAGUUUAUGGAACGCUUACAGUACAAUACAGUUCGUUGUACAAAAACAUCACUUCAUAAGAGGAAAAAUGAAAAUAAGGUGCACGGCAAACAUCUACUCUAUAUACUUAAAGAGUAAUGAGCAAUGUGCUCUGGAGGAGCGCCUGCCCACCACUCCGGUCAGCCUGCCCGAGAUAAACGAGGUCAUCUUGUAUCCCAUACACCGCAUGGCUGAUACCGCUGACAGUGCCGACAAAAUUCAUGGGUCUUUAUUUUUUGUGUUACUGAUUGAUAUCUGGUAUUUCACACAUUUAAUUGAUGCUAAUUAACUUCUAUCGGACAGUAUUUAGAUAGAUAAAAUAUCAAAGUGUUCCAUGUAAUUAAAUUAACCACGGACUCUGGUGUUUCUACGACUGAAAGAAAAUUACUUCAUUAUAUCUGAAUUGUUAUUACUCUGUAGUUGUGCCAACCCGAAUUUAAUAUAUUCCAUUAAAUGGAACAUACACAAUUUAUUUUAAUUUAAUUUUUAGGUUUGUAUUUCAAAUUGUCUAUAUUAUUGGAGUGGCAACAACAUAAGUAAAUUUAAUCGAUCAGUAUCGAUCUAAGUUAAAUAUUUUUAUACUUGAGAUCAUACAAAUUGACAUAUAGACAAGGCACUAAAGCACCUCAACUACAUUCUC